UCGGAAGCGGAUGGGUAUCCACGACUCCUCAUCCUCACAUUCUUCGCCUGCAAUUCCCAACAAUGGUGACACUGCCACCAACUAACUCUCUUUCUCGCUCGCCUCCUCCUUUUCCACUCCGCCGUCUCUACUAAUUUGACUUCAUUAUCUACAAGAGCCUCCCGGCGAUGGAUUUUCGCCUCCUAAACUCAGCGGAUCUCCGCCCCGCCGCCUUCAAGGCAAAAUCAUCGUCGGAUAGAAUAUCGGAAUCCAACAGCAACAGUUUUAACCCGAAAAGCAUUCAAUUUCGCAAGUUUACGAAAAAAGACCUCUCGAGAAUCCUACGAACGGAAGCGGCGAUUGAACAGAUUGAAAGGAAGGCGAACUCUUCAAAGUACAACAAUCUCUGGCCUAAGGCUGUACUGGAAGCUCUGAGUAACGCAAUUAAGAGAAACCGUUGGGAGUCUGCUCUUAAGAUAUUUUAUCUUCUGCGUCAGCAACAGUGGUAUGUGCCGAGGUCUCAGACAUAUACAAAGCUUUUAGUAAUGCUCGGAGAGUGCAAGCAACCAAAUCAGGCUAGUUUGCUUUUCGAGACCAUGCUAUCUGAUGGCCUCCGACCAACAGUUGAUGUGUACACUGCACUCGUGGGUGCUUUUGCUCUGAAUGGCCUUUUUGAUGAGGCAUUUAGUAUUAUUGAGAAUAUGAAGUCCACUGGCGAUUGCAAACCUGAUGCAUUCACAUACUCCAUUCUUAUCAAAUGUUGUGUUAAACAAUAUCGGUUUGAAAUGAUCAAGGUUAUUUUAGAGGAAAUGUCAUGUUUUGGAGUUAAAUGUAACACCGUGACCUACAACACACUUAUCCAUGGAUAUGGAAAGGCUAAGCGUUUUGAACAGAUGGACAACUCUUUGACAGAGAUGAUUCAGAGUGGUGAAUGCUGUCCAGAUAUUUUUACUUUUAAUUCUGUUAUUGGGGCUUAUGGUGGAUGUGGGAAGAUUGAGGAAAUGGAGAAGUGGUUCGAUGAGUUUCAGCUGAUGGGCUUAGAGCCUGAUAUUAUGACAUACAACAUUUUGAUUAAAUCAUAUGGGAAUUCUGGGUUGUACCAAAAGAUGGGAUUAGUGAUGGAGUUUAUGGAGAGGAGAUUUUUCUCUCCUACGACUGUUACAUAUAACAUUGUGAUCGAGAUAUUUGGGAAGGCUGGAGAUAUUGAAAAGAUGAAUGAGAUGUUUCUGCAAAUGAAGCAUCGUGGGUUGAAACCAAACACUAUUACUUACAGUUCACUUGUCUGUGCUUAUAGUAAAGCAGGACGGUUGGAAGAAGUUGAUGCCAUUCUAAGGCAAAUAGAGAGUUCUGAUGUGGUGCUUGAUACAGUGUUUUUCAACUGUAUCAUCAAUGCAUUCGGGGUUGCUGGAGAUAUAGAAAGGAUGCAGGAGUUAUUCAUAGCAAUGGAAGGAUGUGGGUGUAAGCCAGAUAAUAUAACAUUUGCCACAAUGAUCCAAGCUUUUCAGGCAAAAGGGAUGAUUGACGCUGCCAAGAACUUGGAGAGUAAUAUGAUCAGUGCUAAUCGUUCUUCAGCUAGGAGUCCAAAUAUAUGACAUUGUAACGCAGGAGGGCAAUUUAAUUACUGCCGUCUGCCAUAAAUACGAUUUUGUUAGCUGAGAUCUUUCCCCUUGCUUGCCCAGAUCACAUAUUGAUUCGAUAGCAAUCAAAGUACAGCCUGGCCGCUGUGCCCUUUCUUCUCUUUACAGUCAAGUCAUUUUAAGUUGUGGUAUGACUGCUGAAGAAGACAAUGAAGUUAUGGAGAGAGUAAAAAGUGCUCCUCAAAGAAAUGCAAGGAAUGUUGUGAUUGAUGGUUCCGGUGGAGGGUACAUUUUUCUCUAAGAUAAAAGAGUGCCGAUUAUUUGCUGCAGCUGUGUAUAAUUUAGGUGGGGUGUCGCCUAGAUCCUUCCAGAUGCUCGCAAGGUAACCAACCAUCUUUAUUUUAUAUUUUUAGAUGCUUUCCUUGAAGUUGGAGAUGUGUAUAUAUCAUAUCAUCAUCAUCAAUCAAUAGAGAAGUUUGUUUUUGGUCGAAAUGUUUGCCUCUGUGCUUCCCCUCUUUAACAUAUAAUACUCCCACUCCAUCUAAAACAGGCAUAUUCUCCCACUCCUGUUCCUCCUUGCUCUUACAUUGCCAUAUCCAGUCCACUUUUAAUCUGGCCUUCCUCUGUAGCCAUUGGAGCAAUUCUUGUUGGGAUUUUGAUUGAUGGUGUUUAGUAGAUGAGGGAGGUCUUUGUUGUGUUUCUGGAGCCGAAAGAGAGUUUUUGGUGUAUUUAGUGUGCACAUAGCUCAUUUCAUGUGCUUGCGCACACCAGAUUGCAACUAUGUGCCGGAUGCUGUUUGAUGAUAUUUAUUUUUCUAUUUUAUUUAUGUAUGUACGGUGCAUUUUAUUUUAUCAAAUUCAUAGAUAAUUUUUAU